AUGGCCGACAUUUGCCCAGCAAGGUCGGAGCCUACCCUGUCGUUCACACAGGGUCUCAUCCUCGGCCAGCUAUCGGUGGUGCUCUUGCUCGCCGCCUUCAUCAAGUUCUUCAUCUUUGGAGACCCUCCCUCGCCCGAAGUCGUUGCCUCGAUCCGCGCUACCGACCGAAGAUCGCGAACGUUGGCACACAAGAAAUCGAUCCUCAGCCUACGAGAAACCAAUGCGCUCCAGCUCGUGCAGAACCCAGCUCUAAACAAGAAACAUGUUCUGCGUCCUGGUCCUCCCACCUUGACGAUCGGGUCCAUCCUCAGCAAAACAUACUACAAGGUCGACAGCCAUCAGCCAGAAAGUCUCGACUGGUUCAACGUGCUGAUCGCCCAAACCAUCGCCCAAUUCCGCAGCGACGCCCAACACGACGAUGCGAUCCUCUCCUCCUUGAGCAAGGCGCUCAACGGUACUGCCCGACCCGACUUCCUCGACGAGAUCAAAGUAACAGAACUUAGCCUGGGUGAAGACUUCCCCAUCUUUAGCAACUGCCGCAUCAUCCCAGUGGACGAAGAUGGUCUCAGCUUCGGAACCGGCAAAGCCUUCGACGCCAAUAUGGCCACGAGAGAAGGCGCACGUCUCCAAGCCAGAAUGGACGUUGACCUUAGUGAUAUGAUCACUCUGGCGGUAGAGACAAAGUUGCUGCUCAACUAUCCCAAGAGACUCAGCGCUGUUCUCCCUGUGGCCCUGGCUGUUUCGGUUGUUAGGUUCAGCGGCACACUCUCCAUCUCGUUCAUCCCCAGCAACCCGUCCAACAACGAGCCCGCCAAGAUGAUCUUUACUUUCCUCGACGAUUAUCGUCUCGACUUUUCCAUCCGCAGUCUCUUGGGCAGUCGAUCACGGCUGCAGGAUGUCCCCAAGAUAGCACAGCUUGUCGAAUCACGUCUCCAUCGGUGGUUUGAUGAGCGCUGUGUGGAGCCAAGGUUCCAGGAGAUUGCUCUACCUAACAUGUGGCCUCGCAAGAAGAAUACCCGUGGCGGCGAUGAGACCAUCUCGGAUGUGGAAAGGUCAAUGAACAAGACAAAGGGAGUUGAUAUCGCUAAAGACGUGAGAGAGGAGGCUCGAAAGGAGAUCGAAGCUGAAGCGCAUGGGGGAGCCGAUAGAGUGCCAGAUUCGCUAAGAUAUAGGCAUCGCCCGAGGGCAGAGGAGGAGUUUCCCGGAGCCGGGUCGAUGCCUGGUUCUAUGCCCGGUUCUAUGCCUUGA